AUUCUGCCUUUCACUGUCAUACAUUUGGAGCUGAUCUCGAGGCCUUCUCGUUCUAUCUAGCUACCUGUGCAUGCCAAGCGAGGGCGCCUUGCAAAUCGCUUGUGUAUGCGCCAAUUGUAUAGAUGGUGCUUAGCACAUGCUGCAUCGGGAGCAUAUCUCGACCUUGGCUUACGUUGUGAGAUUGAUGCAUCAGGUUUGAGCUAUUGCUAAUAGAGGGAUCGGAGACCGGAGGCUCCUAUCAAGCUUGGAAGGCCAUCUUGGAGUUGCACAUGAGUAGUUGGUCAAAGAGCGGCGCUUUUGCCCAAUCUCAGGAAGGUAUCAUCCCCAGGAGAUGUAGAGCUGUGGCAGCCAAACAUUAAAAAGGGCGGUGCUGCUGCGAGAGGGCCCUUUCUCGGGCUGUGUUUGUGAUGGCGCGCCUUGCUCCCGGGGCGGCCCUGCUGGCCCGGUGCUGUGGCAAGCGGUGCAGCCUGCGCAGCUAUCAGCUGCAGGCCCUGGGCCUCACCUUCCUGGCAUACACACUGUAUCACGCCGCCAGGAAACCCCCCAGCAUCGUCAAGAGCUCCCUGGAUCCUGAGAAGGAUGUGGCUGCUGCCUCGGCCGCCAGCAACCUUGGCGCAGCGGGCCCUGCAGCCGGAUGGCCUCCCUUCAACAGCGCGGGUGGGAAGGGCCUGCUGGGGGACCUGGACGUGGCCUUCCUGGGUGCGUAUGCGGCGGGCAUGUUUGUGGCGGGCCACCUGGGGGACCGCGUGGACCUGCGCCUCUUCCUCUUUGGUGGCAUGUUCCUCUCGGGCGCCUUCACCGUCCUGUUUGGUAUGGGCUUCUUCUGGGGCGUGCACCGCCUGGCCUACUUCCUGCUCGUCCAGGUGGCUGCGGGCGCGUUCCAGAGCACCGGGUGGCCCAGCGUGGUGUCCGUGGUGGCCAACUGGCACGGCAGCCAGCGCCUGGGCUUCAUCAUGGGCUGCUGGAAUGCGCACGUCUCCGUUGGCAACAUUCUAGGGUCGCUCAUUGCGGCGGAAGUGCUGGACCAGGGGUGGGGCUACAGCUUUGUGGUCCCGGGGCUGCUCCUUAUGGCGGGCGGCGUGGUCAUGUUCCUCUUCCUGGUGGUGCACCCCGAGGACGUGGGCCUGCACCUGCCGCGCGAAGCCGUCCCCGACGCAGACACCGCGGAUGCCGGGGAGGAGGCCUCCACCCUGCUGCAAGACCGGCAGGAAGUAGCGGGCGCGGGAGGGGAGAGUGAAGAUGCGGGCAGCGUGGCGCACAGCGACAUGAAGGGGAUCAGCUUCUGGGAGGCGUGGAGCAUCCCGGGGGUGGCGCCAUUUGCGGCGUGCCUCUUCUUCACCAAGCUGGUGGCGUACUGCCUCAUGUACUGGCUGCCCUUCUACAUCCGGCACACCAACAUUGGUGGUUCCUACCUGUCUGACGCCGCGUCCGGGCGGUUGUCCACUUUGUUUGACAUUGGCGGGGUGGCGGGCGGCAUCCUGGCGGGGUCCCUGUCCGACCACUUUGCGGCGCCUGCAUCGACGGCGGCCGCGUUCAUGUACGCGGCCAUCCCGUGCCUGUGGGUGUACUUCCUGUGGGGGCACAUCAGCCUGGGGCUUAACAUCGUGCUGAUGGUCCUGGCGGGCGUGUGCGUCAACGGCCCAUACGCACUCAUCACCACGGCUGUCAGCGCAGACCUGGGCAAGAAGGGCUCCCUGAACAACAGCCGGGCUACCGCCAUCGUGACUGCCAUCAUUGACGGCAGCGGCUCGGUGGGGGCAGCCAUUGGGCCGCUGCUGACUGGUUGGAUCUCGCAAGCAGGCAGGGGGCAGGGCUGGAGGUUCGUGUUCUACAUGUUGAUGUUGUCUGCCUUGGCUGCAGCGUUGCUUUUGAGUAAGCUUGUGAGGCAUGAGUACCGUGAGCGGAGACUGAAUCGAAGCCUUGUCCCUCAAGAGGGGGACCCGCUUGAACAGUAGUCCAGUUCGAUGCUUUUUCUGACAACGUGGGAGAGAUCCUGAACGGUCUGUACAGGAAUGUUGACAAGGUCUCAAUAUGGAUAAUUUUGGAUACAGCUGUAACAUAUCAAAGUCAAAUACAGAUUCACUGGAUGCAACUUGACUAGCUG